AUGCCCACUCGGGUCUUAAUAGUAGGCGCAGGCGCCAUCGGAGCCUUCUUCGGAUCCCGCCUGGCCACCCUCCCGCAGGUCUUCGUCUCCGCACUCUGCAGAAGCAACUACAAUGCCGUCAAAGCCAAUGGUCUCAAAGUUGCCAGCCCCAAUUUUGGAGAAUACGUCUUCAAGCCAGAGUUCACGUUCGAUAGCCCGGAUCAAGCACGCCGGGUGACGCGGGAGAAGAAACUGACCUGGGAUUAUAUGUUGGUUGCAACGAAAGUGUUACCUGAAGUCAACGAUGAUAGCAAGCUGCUUGAAGGGCUGGUCAGCGACGAGACCGGCAUCGUGCUAGUCCAAAAUGGGUUGGGGAUAGAGAAGCCAUAUCGAAAACGCUUCUCAUCGACGACCAUCCUCAGCGCCGUCACGAUCGCUUCUGCUGUCCAGCCCGAGCCGGGCGUGAUCACCCACAAUCGAUGGACUCGUCUCUCAGUCGGUCCGUACAUACCAGACAACGACGCCGGCGGCAAUGAUACAGCUACAACCCGCACCAACACGUUCGUCAAACUCCUGCAAGAUGGAGGCAUUGCCGAUGCCAUCGCCUACCCGCCGACAUCACUCCAAUUCCUUCGCUGGCACAAGCUGGCUAUUAAUGCUGCCAUAAACGCCUCAUCCGUCCUCAGCGGUGGAUGUGGCAACGCUGCUCUUGCCAACGACCCAGAACUCGCAAAGCAUCUCCGAGGCGUGAUGGAGGAAGUCUUGUCAACGGGAGCGAAAGUUCUGGGCCAUGACACCUUUCCGUUCGAUAACCUCGGUUUCGCGACUCCGGAGCAAGUACUUGCCAGCGUGCGGCGGAACACCAGUGGAAGCCGGCCGAGCAUGUGGUGGGAUUGGGUUGAAGGUCGGAAGAUGGAGGUAGAGGCGAUUCUGGGUGAGCCGGUGAGGGUGGCGAGGAAGCACGACGUGGAGAUGCCGAGGGUGCAGAGUUUGUACGCGUUGUUGAGGAUGGCGCAGGUGAAGAGGGAUGGAGGAAUGGAAGGAAAAGGAAAGCUGUGA